CCGUCAAUCAAUCACAUGCCAAGCCCCACCCCACCACGCCGGCGGCCGCACGGACGGCCGUCACCCCACCUUUCCAGCUACCAGCUAACUAGAGCUCCACACCCCGCCAACCACCUCCAUGCCCGCGUCCAGCAGUAGCGACGAGGACUUCGCGCGGCGCCUAGCCGCGCUCAAAUCCAAGCCAACGCCCGACGACACCGCGAGCGCCAGCUCGGAUGACGUGCUCUCCGCGCGCUUCGCGGCACUGUUCUCGCGCGCGCCCGGCUCCACCCUUACUACUCCACCCGCAGUAGCGAAGCCAAAGACGAAGGAUACGCCGGGAAACCCCGAGGACGAGCUCGACUUCUCGGAGCUGGUCGCUGGGGUGCAGCGGGAGAAGGGACGGGCGUGCGACGACGUCGGCGCAAAGGAUAGGGCGGAGAUCGACGCGCUGCUGGAGGAGGCGGCGGGGUUUGCGGGAGAGGCGGAGGAGGCGCCGGAGUGGUUGGCUGAUGUUGGGGUGGAGGAGGGGGAGGGGGAGGCGGAGGGGGCAAAAGGGACGGGCAGCGAGUGGGAUCUGAAGGAUGAAGAGGACGAGAUCUUAAAGAAGGUGCGGGAGGAGGUGGAGUGGGAGCGCCGGCAUGGGGUGGUCGAUUCCGACGAGGAGGAGGAGGAGGAGGAGGAGGAGGAGGAUCACAAUGCGCACCUGAAAGAGGAGCGGAAAGAGGGCGAUGAGGAUGAUGAUGGUGAGCUUGCUGCGUUGGCGGCUAGGUUCAAAGCUCUCGGCGGAGGUGGCGCCGGUGGAACGGGUGGUGAAGGCGGUGGGGGAGACCUCGAUCUACCAGCGGUCCCCUCCGUGGCGCCGGGGAGUGCCCUCAGAAUCACACCAAAAAAGAAGAUGGAACUGCCAGGCAUCAGUGAGAUCGAUACGUGGUGCUGUAUUUGCAAUGAGGAUGCGGAAUAUAGGUGCUCGGGAUGCGAUAAUGACAUUUAUUGCAAGGAGUGUUUGUACGAAGCGCAUGUGGGUCCGCAAGCUGGGUAUGAGGAGAAGAGACACAAGUGGACGAAGUAUGUACGGCCAAAGAAGAUUAUCAGUGCGCAAUAGAUAUGAGGAAAUACAAACAAACACGAGUGAACGUUGCAAAUGGUUUUUUGAACUUGGCUUAUUAAUAUCAACCAUCUCCAACAAAUUCCCAU